AACUCGACCAGCCGUGCCAGCGUCCGGCUGCGCCAUAAUCAAACUUUUCUGUACAUUUUCACGUCACUUGGACCCGAAACAUAAAUUUGGCAUCCUAUGCAAAUAUAUGCUGACGUAAAAGAUCAUGUGGUUUUUGUCGUCGAUCCCCCCUAUGAGCAACGAGGAGGUUUUUUUUUUCUCCUCUCUACUGUUGUCUUUAGGUUAGCUAUGCUACAAUCUUUACAGUACCCAGCGCUAGCUAUAUGCGCCCCGCACCGCACCACUCUGGAUAUCUGGGAAUAAUCAACUUCCAGGCUGUCGCACCCUGCACCCAGAGACUACACACAGAUUCCACAGGAGAUUACCCAGAGUGCCGCCUGAGGAUCAUCCAGGAGAGACGGAGAACGAGAGAGAACGCACAGUCAUUGGAAGAGGAGGUGGAGCCUCAGAAAUACCCCCCCCCCCCCCCUUCUCUUCUCUAGUGAAGCCCCUCCCCCUCUGAGGAAGUGCACUUGAGAGCCGCUGCUGUCUGUGAUGCCCUCCCAUGACGCCCAGGUCGGUAGCUGACACUGCCAGUGAGCGGGAGACACCACUGCUCAACCGGUCCUGGGCCGGCUCCGUCAGCCGGUUCUCACCCUCCCUCUCGCACGCUGGAGACUCAAACUCCACCCACCUACCAGUAUCAAAAAUCAUCAGCUCCAAUCCACCCCAGUAAGUACCUUUCAAAAACUGACACGCUGACGUCCUCAGCCAGCACCAGCAGCACCAGCCAAAAAAUACAGUAUCUUCAACGCAAUCAGCAACACCAGCACUACCAUUAUAUCUACCACCAGCAGCAACCAUCAUGUCCAGUCGUAGAAAGUCCUCCACCCCCUGCAUGGUCCGGGUCAUCAGCGACCUGCCUGAAGAGCAAGAUGACCCUGAGGAGGUAAUGGACAUCGUGGACAAUGAUGUUACAGAAAAAGAACAAUCACAAUCAUCUGAAUCUGUAGAAGAUCCUCAGAAGGAGAAUUCAGAGAAACCAGACCAGCAGAAGUUUCCAAAACCAGUGGAAAACCAGAAUCCUGAGCCAUUUGAACAAGUGGAGCAGUCGGGUGAAAAAGACUCUGUCAUUGAAGAUGUAGAAACCGCAAAUUUGAAGGACAGGGAAGGGGUUGACUCUGACCCGGUGUCUCAGAAAAAGCAGCCCAGAGGCUAUGAGUGCAAAUACUGCCCGUUUUCAACGCAGAACCUGAAUGACUUUAAAGAGCAUGUAGACUCCAGCCACCCUAACGUCAUUCUUAAUCCGUUGUACCUCUGUGCUGUCUGCAACUUCAACACCAAGAGGUUUGACUCGCUCACAGAGCACAAUGAGAGCCAGCACCCAGGCGAGACAAAAUUCAAGUUCAAGCGGAUAAAAAGGAGCAAUCAGACUAUCUUAGAGCAGACAAUCGAAGGCAAGGACAAUUCAGUUGAAUGCGAGGUGACAAAUGAACAGGGUGAAAGUAACAGAAACUCUAUGUUUCCACCUUGCAUAUCGACCACAAUGAAAUUCCCCGACAAUAUCCAGUCGUUCUAUCAAGGGAGUGAACUGAAAAGCCAGAGGGAUGGCUUGAUCCAGAAGAAUCAGAUCACGGCAGUAAGCAUCAACGGAACAGUCAUCAUCCCUGAACCCACCAUCCUCCAAGGGCUCUCCCAUGUGACCCCAAUGCUGCAGCGUCCGCCCAAUUUUAACUCUGUACCAAAAAUAGCUGUUCCCUUGAACACCACCAAAUAUAACCCUUCUUUAGAUGACAACUUGACGUUGAUCACCUCCUUUAGCAAGUUUCCUUACCCAACACACGCUGAGCUGUCGUGGCUGACGGCUGCCUCCAAGCACCCGGAGGACCAGAUCAAAGUCUGGUUCACCACCCAGCGGCUUAAGCAAGGCAUCACCUGGUCCCCAGAGGAGGUUGAGGAAGCCAGAAAGAAGAUGUUCAAUGGCUCCAUCCCUCCUGCACAUCACACGUUCACCGUCCUUCCUACAAACCCCAUCUCUCAACCGUCUGCCAAAUCCUCCCUGCAAACCUUUGUCCACACUACAGUCGGGCAUGCAAGUUAUGUCCGGACGACCGCGUCCAAUGGGUUAAGUGUAGUCGCCUCCACAAACUCUCAUGGUGAUGUUGCAAUUGGCUCCAGCCUUGCCCUUAAACGAUCCUUGCCAACACACCUGAUGACAGUGUUCGGCCCGGAGUCUAAACGCCCAAUCAUGGCAGUGGCCCCCCAUGCUGGCAACUCUAAAGACAGGGGCCUCAUGGCGCCUCCACCCCCUCCUCCCCCAAAAGAUCGCCUCCUAAUGGCUCCGCCUUCUGUUCCUAUGGAGAUGAAGAGACCUGUAGCAGUUCCUCUGGUCACCGCAGAGAUGAAGUGGCCAUCCGCAACUGUGCCUUUAAUGCCACCGCCAUCAUCAUCGUCAUUAUCAUCUUCAUUGUCCAAAGGGAAGAUUUUCUCGACAUUAGGAAACCCUAAAACAAAGCCAGUGGUGUCGCUGCCCUCCCUGGCCUUUCCAGAGUCUUUAACGAGGCCCCUAAUAGUUCCCCCGCCUAUCUUUGCCCCGCCAUUUAAAAACACCUUACUUUUUCCUAUUACUUCGCCCAUCACUUCCAAAGAAAAGCACCCGAAUACCCAUGCUUUGCCAGCUGCUGAUCUGAAGCUGCAAAAUUCCCCACCACUUAAUACCCCGCACAUAAGGAGGCCAACCAUUAUCCAGUCCAUUCGCACUCCGGCUAAAGCCCCAUCCCAGAUUCCAGGGUUUCUCUUCGAUAGCAAGAAACUAAAAGAGCAGCAAGGAGUGGAGGUAAAGUCCAGCUACCCCAGAGGAGAUAAAGUACUUACUCCUCUGUCAGAGGCCAACGGGACAUCUCGCGCGGACGGCAAGUGGUUCCACAACCAUGCCUCCCUUGCUCAACACAAUGGGACCAUAAUGUAUGGUGGUGAGUCACCAGUAUUGCUGAAACCAGACUUUCAGCAAAAAUCUUCGGUGCUGACCCAAUUCCCCUUGCUGGAGAGGAUGAAAGGAAAGACAGCGGAACAGCUAAAGAUAUUGGAGGAGAAUUUUUUGAGGAACAGCUUUCCUACACUCAGUGAUGUGGACAAUCUGGCGGGUACCACCCGCCUGUCUCACCAGGAAAUCGAUAGCUGGUUUGUGGAGCGCCGUGCACUACGCGACAACCUGGAACAAGCCCUUCUCAACUCCAUGGGCACUAAGAGGAUGGGCACCAGUAGCAUCGCUGCCAUGACCAGGAAACGACUACAUCAGCAGCAACACCAAACUCUACAGCUGAAUGGGAUUCACAAACCAAGCACUGGUGUUGGCCAUCUUAAAAGCUCUCUUCCACCCUCGCACACCCUGCCCAUCAUUGCUCCCUCCAUCCCCAACCCAAAUUUCUGCUCAGUGCCUCCAGACAGCCGAUCCCUGGCGCUCCUCAAGGACGAUUUUGCUCAAACGCGGUGGCCUUCCCCUGAGGAGUUCAGCCAACUAGAGGGUCGGACAGGACGUGCCGAACUCGCCCGCUGGUUCCAUGACAGCCGGCUGCAGAGCGGCAGCAUGGAGCUGACAGAACAUUUUCACAACAAUGGAGUGAAUGGAAGUGACGGGCCACCUGUGUGCUCUCCCAAAAACUCUCCCCCCAGCAUCCUCCAGCGCUGUCAGGAAGGCGCCUUAACAAACAACAACAACAACAGCAGUAAGGUGUUGGAGGUUGAGUUGGGCUGGCUAAUGGAGCAGCGCGCUAACAGCCUCAGCAGUCAACAGCACGAGGAGCUCCAAGACCGGCUUGCUGGCAGACUGAGGCAGCAGAACGUGGCGGAGUUGAAAAAUGGAGGACGGAACGGAGGAGUCAUGGGCGGAGCGCGGGGGGUGUUCGGCAGCUGGCUGGAGGACGGACACUCGAGGAGAGGGCGGGAACUGCUCCUGGACAGAGAGAGGAAGAUGACAGAGGACACAUCUGGGAGGCUGACUGGAUAAACGGUGCAAAUAGGAUUUGCCGCCAUCGCCGCCGCCGCUGCUGCUGGAAACAAAUAAAACGAGGUGGACGGAGAAUGGAGCAACAAAAAGAAGAUUUUUUUUUUUUUUAAUUAUCAGAUAUCUUUUCUUUUUUUUUUUUUACCAAUUUGUAUCUCUUGAUUGUCGCAUCGCAGAUCACGCACAACAUCCUCCUCCUGGAAGUAAUCUGCGUCCACCUGUGUGACCCGUACACAGAGCUGCUGUCACACAAUAAAAGCAUGAGUUAAAGUAAGGGGGGGGGGGGCAGAUUUUGUCUAGGCGAGGCAUAAACAUGCUCCCAAAUUGAAAUCAGAAGAGUGCAAGGAGAAAUUUAGGGUCACGGUGUGUGAAGAUAAUUGAAACCGCCCUCCCUUACGGUGAAAGUCAUAUUUGUGAUUUCUUUUCAUUUCUCACAGUAAUGUGGGUUUUACAAUAGUAUUACAAUACAGGAGCUAAUCUUCUAGUAUCAUCUCGUAUAUGCAGAGACGAGGAGCUCAUGUUCAGAAUGUAGUAAACAACAGGUGGAAUAUGGUUCUUUAAAUCCCCUACACACCCUACCAGCCAAUCACAGUGGUAGUUUAUGAAUAAAGAUACAAAACCUGAAAAGGGGCAGAUAAUCAGUGGAGACGGAAACAAAGUGAUUUGCAGCCAAACUGGAAAAAUGUAAACAAGUUUUCAAAAGUUCCUUCUUGACUUUGGAGAAAACAAUCCCCAUCGCCCAACUUUUUCCAGAGCUUUCGGCCCUAUCACACGAGCUUCAUCAGCACAUUUAACUUUUUAAAAGUUAUUUUUUAGUAAAACUAAAAUGGAUGAAGAGCUUCUGUCAGAUCAAGCAAUGACAAAGUAGAGCAAACUCCACUUAUGAAGUCCAUGUGAUACAGCUGGAAUCUUUUUUCAAUAUUACAUUUCAACAUUUGGAUAACUUUCAAAAAUGUUGGUAAAACCUUUUUAUUUUCAAGAAGUUAUUUCUUGAUUAUGUUUUUGAGGGGAUAAAAGCUCCUUUAAUCCUAUUCCAUGUUGCAUUGUGGGACGAUUGUGUCCUUGAAUCCUUUUUUAACAAUGGGAAUACAGGAAAUAGUAAAAAUUAGUAUUUUCUAUGAAACUGCAACAACGUGCUGGUUAGUUUUCAGUAUAGGGUCAGGCUGUAUGAACGAUUAAUAUAAUUGCUUCCUCAACUUUAAGACAUGUUUAUAAAGAGAAAGUGAACAGCUGCUAAUCUUGUCUUUGCUGACCUCAUUGAUGCUGGGGGCAAGUUACUUUUAAACCUUCUCUUUAAAAUAAUAAAAGGCUUCGUUAAAUCUUCAGAUAUGUUGAUCUCCCAAAAUCGUACACCCUCCCUUUAAAAGGAGGCUUGAUUAGUAUCUUGAAGUGCGUUUCCACCUGUUCUUUCACUACUUUUCAUUUUGUGAAUGAAAAAACGCUAGAAAUUCAAGGAAAAAAAAAAAAAGCAAAUGAAAACAGAUUGGGUGAAUAAAUGAUGACGUACAUGAAGUGAA